CCCGGGAUUCUUUUACAAAGAAACUCAGCACCAGCCAGAAAGAAUCCCACCCUCGGGACUCUCUAAGUCAUUGGAGGUCUUCUGGGGGAAAGGACCUGGGGGACUGGGACUUGGAGCUUGGAGCAAGUGGCUGACUUCUCGUGGAUCUCUUCCCACCUCGGUAUUUUCCCUUGGAUGUUAACUUGCAAGUCAGAAGAAAUGGCAUUCCGUGCAAUUUGUGUAUUGGUUGGAGUAUUUAUUUGUUCCAUUUCUGUCAGAGGAUCUUCCCAGCCCCAAGCAAGAGUUUAUUUAACAUUUGAUGAGCUUCGAGAAACCAAGACCUCUGAAUAUUUCAGCCUGUCCCACCACCAGUUAGACUACAGGAUAUUACUGAUGGAUGAAGAUCAAGACCGGAUAUAUGUGGGGAGCAAAGAUCACAUCCUUUCCUUGAAUAUCAACAAUAUCAGUCAAGAACCUUUGAGUGUUUUCUGGCCAGCAUCAACAAUCAAAGUUGAAGAGUGCAAAAUGGCUGGCAAGGAUCCUACACACGGCUGUGGGAAUUUCGUCCGUGUUAUUCAGACCUUCAACCGCACUCACCUGUAUGUCUGUGGAAGCGGAGCUUUCAGCCCCGUGUGCACUUACCUAAACAGGGGGCGGAGAUCCGAGGACCAAGUUUUCAUGAUUGACUCUAAGUGUGAAUCUGGAAAAGGAAGAUGCUCCUUCAACCCCAAUGUGAACACUGUAUCUGUUAUGAUCAAUGAGGAACUCUUCUCAGGAAUGUACAUAGAUUUUAUGGGAACAGAUGCUGCUAUUUUUCGAAGUUUAACUAAGAGGAAUGCAGUCCGAACCGAUCAGCACAAUUCAAAAUGGCUAAGUGAACCUAUGUUUGUGGAUGCACAUGUGAUCCCAGAUGGCACUGAUCCAAAUGAUGCUAAGGUGUAUUUCUUCUUCAAAGAAAAACUGACUGACAACAAUAGGAGCACAAAACAGAUUCAUUCCAUGAUUGCAAGAAUAUGUCCUAAUGACACUGGCGGACAACGUAGUCUUGUAAACAAGUGGACCACAUUCUUAAAGGCAAGGCUUGUGUGCUCCGUCACAGAUGAAGAUGGCCCUGAGACACACUUUGAUGAAUUAGAGGACGUGUUCCUGCUAGAAACUGACAAUCCAAGGACAACCCUAGUGUAUGGCAUCUUCACCACAUCCAGCUCUGUUUUUAAAGGGUCUGCAGUGUGUGUGUAUCAUUUAUCUGAUAUACAGACUGUAUUCAAUGGGCCUUUUGCCCACAAAGAAGGGCCCAAUCACCAGCUGGUAUCCUAUCAAGGCAGAAUUCCAUAUCCUCGACCUGGAACUUGUCCAGGGGGGGCAUUUACACCCAACAUGAGAACCACCAAGGACUUCCCAGAUGAUGUUGUCACUUUUAUCAGGAACCAUCCUCUCAUGUACAAUUCCAUCUACCCAAUCCACAGAAGGCCUCUGAUUGUCCGCAUAGGCACUGACUACAAGUACACAAAGAUAGCUGUGGACCGUGUGAAUGCUGCUGACGGACGAUACCAUGUCCUAUUCCUGGGGACAGAUCGUGGCACUGUGCAGAAGGUGGUAGUCCUUCCUAGCAACAGCUCUGCCAGCGGGGAGCUCAUUCUGGAGGAGCUGCAAGUCUUUAAGGUUUGCCUAUUACUUCUAUUCAUCUCAACACAUCAACAGUUGUAUGUGAGCUCCAAUGAAGGGGUUUCCCAAGUGUCUCUGCAUCGCUGCCACAUCUAUGGCACAGCUUGUGCGGACUGCUGCCUGGCGAGGGACCCAUACUGUGCCUGGGAUGGUCACUCUUGCUCCAGGUUCUUCCCCACUGGGAAGCGGAGGAGCCGAAGACAAGAUGUGAGGCACGGAAAUCCACUGACGCAAUGCCGAGGGUUCAAUCUAAAAGCAUACAGAAAUGCAGCUGAAAUUGUUCAGUAUGGAGUAAGAAAUAACAGCACUUUCUUGGAGUGCGCCCCCAAGUCUCCGCAGGCAUCUAUCAAAUGGCUGCUGCAGAAAGAUAAAGACAGGAGGAAAGAGGUUAAGCUCAAUGAGCGCAUUAUAGCCACUUCCCAAGGAUUGCUGAUUCGAUCUGUUCAGGAUUCAGACCAAGGGCUGUACCACUGUAUCGCUACUGAGAACAGCUUCAAGCAAACCAUAGCCAAGAUUAACUUCAAAAUUUUAGAUUCAGAAAUGGUGGCCGUUGUGACAGACAAGUGGUCUCCAUGGACAUGGGCUGGCUCUGUGAGGGCUCUACCCUUCCAUCCAAAGGACAUCCUGGGGGCAUUCAGCCACUCUGAAAUGCAGCUCAUCAACCAGUACUGUAAAGACACCCGGCAGCAGCAUCAGCUGGGAGAAGAAACACAGAAGAUGAGGGGGGACUAUGGCAAGCUGAAGGCUCUCAUCAACAGCAGGAAAAGCAGGAACAGGAGGAAUCAGCUUCCAGAGUCAUAAAUUUUCAUCUGUGGGGCUUUGCUUCCAAUAACAAAUGCUCUAUCUUCACUGGUCAACUACUGAGCAAAGUCUUGUGCUUUACCCAUGAGAAGUUCCUGACACAAGCUAGAGACUCCCUCUCAAGUGUGUUCUCUGUGAACUUAAAUGAGCAUGCAUCUUCUUGUAUGAUACCUACUAGCACUAGACAUGUCAUGGUCCUCAUGGUGCAUAGAAAUAUUUAACUUGUCCCAGAUGUUAUUUAUAUCUUAAUGUGUCUUUCCUUCACCUUCAGUGCAUCGACAGAAGCAGAACUAUUAUACCCUCGGUUGAGCGAGGGACAUAAAUUACUCUGUGCUUUUCCUUCUCUGCUCUAGGGGUUUAGCUUUUUAAUUGUCAGUGGUUUUUAUACAUGACAAUGAAUUCCAAUUUACAAUUUUCACAUAGUAAAUGUCAUAUAAAUGCAUGUGACAGAACAGCCAUCCAAAGUCUUGUAGGUUAGACAAAUGGCAGGGAAGAGAGCAUCCAGAUGUUAUUCAAAAGCAAGAGUGACUCAUAAAGAGAAUGUGAUGAGUUCAUAUGCUUCUAGUGAAUUAUAUUCUUGCUUGUUCUUUGUUUAAGAUUGUAACAUGUGUCAUUUACUGAGAUCUGCCAUCAAUUUUUGUUCUUUUGUUUCAGGAAGAUAAAAUGAAUUACCUGCGCCAUCCAAAUGUUUGAUGGGAGAUGUAUCAGUGAGGCAUUGACAUUUCUACUGUUAUGUUAUCAUCUUCCAAACAAAAGCACUUUGUUUUUUUGGAAGUUAUUUAAGUUAUUAUAGACUUACAUAUACUCUUACAUUAUUUAAUUGAUUUACUGUUUGACUUUAAUUUUCUAGUCUACUUGGCAAAUUAAACAAAACAAGGAGGAAUCAUAGUUAAAACAUCCAAGUUCUCCAUGCAGAGUAAAGCUAUCAAAAUGUUUGGAUUGUUUUGUAACUAAAUUUAUUUUCUCCAAUUUGAAAACUAGAUGGAUAAAUGUGGAAAAAUUCCCCAUACUUCUUUUAAUGAUAGAACUUCUAUUUUUAAAUUUAAAUUUAUUUUAACACGUUUACAUUUCCAGAGAAAAAGAGAAACUGUACUAAACACUAUUGAAACACAGUUCUUAUUAACAGUUCAUAAAACAAGUAAUGAAAGGGGAUCUCCUCCUUUUUGAGUACUGUGAACAAAACUCCAGAAAGGAAAAUCAUGUGUAGGGGUGAGAGUUGGUGGUAGAUUAUACAUUUAGCAUGCACAGAAACUGGCUCAAACAGAAAAGAAGGAAGAGAGAUGCGGAGGAAGGGAGGUAGGCAGGAAGGAAGGACAGACAGACAGACAGACAGACAUGAAAGAAGGAAGGUUAGGAAGGAGGAAAAGAAGGAAGGGAGAGAUGGAGUGGUUAAAUUCAUUAUCAGAAGAAAAAAUGUGCUUAGUUAAGUGAUGGUAAAUUUUAAUGUUCACUUUGAUAUUCUAAUAGGGGACCACGGUGUUGUGGGAAAAAAGAACAGUUAAAAAAAAGAGCAGAAAUGUCAUCUAAUUUUGUUUUUAAACUAUUGUUCAAAUUUGUACAGUGCUACAAAAAUCUGUAGUCUUCCCAUAUGUAAAUCUUUGCAUGCUUAAACAUUCACAUUUUACUUUUUCUUAUAUAUGCAAAAAUAGCAAUGUGUUCAGAUGCAAUGGGAACAUGAUCCUCUGUAUUCUUGAUUAAUCCAUUGUAUGGACAGUUAAAGUAAAAUGACUUCCAAGGAACAGUACCCUUCUUCCACCUAGAUUCUAACUGCCAGAUGGCGAUGUUAAAUUCCAUGCAAGUAUUUGUUCUAAUUGAUAUCUCCUGUUGUUACCAUAAUUAUAUUUUAAACACUCAUUUCUUUUUUAAAAAGAAUACAGAAAUUACCAUUCAACAUAACCCUGCCCAAUGUAAAAUAUCCAUAUUUGUCAAAAUCAUAAUUAAUACUUAUUGAAUAUGGGUGACUAGUUGGUUUUAUUUUGUGUUCUUGGGCAAUCUGAUGAUUUAAGAUGGUUUUAAUUUGCAUUGUAUAUAAAAUUACCUAGAAAUGCACUUUUCCCCCAAAGUGUACGUUUGAAUAGACAUAGCAUGAUGAAGCUGUCAUUACAGUGUGAUCCCCCUGUUUAGAGAAAGAAAACAAGAUGUAGUUUCCACAUGAAAAUUUAAUUAGAUGUUGAAGAAAUUAUUUGUCUGGUAAAAUAAAACAUUGAAUUCCCUGGAAGAUGCCUUUCACUUUUCUUUUUAGUAUAGUAUGUAUUAAUGUGAUAGUAACUACUGAAUUAUUAUUAUUAUCAUUUAAAAAUAUCUGGUUUUGUGAAAGCAAACCAUUAAAUACUUCAUAAUUUAAGUGGCCUUCAUUCAAUUCCAAACUUGAAUCCAUUCAUUUACAUCCUUCUUCUAUGUAUACUUACAUAUUGGAAUAUCCAAAUCAAUACAUUUUAACCUCAAUAUUUUACAUUUACCCAUGCUUAUUAAAGUGAUUUAUCAUAUAUCAUGUCUACAAUUUUAAACAGCUAUACUUUGGAAAUAUAAAUGAUUGGAUCCACUCCAACUACAUUUAAGUUCAGGCUCAUGGUUUCACUUUGAGAAAGAUGUUUUUUAUUUAUUUUCUCUAACUUAAUAUUUUCCAUCAGGCCCCUCAAUACUCUGCAAAGGACAGAACACUACAUAUAUGCACAUGGUCAAAAUUGUUAUCACAUUGUCCAGUUUUGCUAGAAUAUAAAGAAAUCCUUCAUUUGUAUUCCAUGUCAAAUUCAGUGUCAGUUAUCCAGGUAGAAAGCCUGUGGUCAAAGGAUUGGCAGGUAACUAACCAAGUGGAGAGGCCUGUAUAAAACAAGAGGAGGAAGCCACAGAUGGCUCAUUUGGUACAUCAGAGUGAUAGGGCCACUGCAGCUUUCUCCUGCCUGCUCCUGGAAAUCUAUCUGAAUCAGCGUGAGUGCUAGGACACAGAGACAUGCUGCAACAGCUCAUCCAACAAGAUAAUUCGGCUCUAGCUCGGUGGCCUCAUGGCUUCUCAGAUCUUCCUCAUGUCUGAAUCAUAAGUUAUGUUUUAAAAAUAAUUUACUGUGCUUUUAGAAAACUUUAAUUUACUUCUGAUCUUUCAUGUUUCUUAUCUGUUUGAAAAAUUUCAGGGUUAACUGUUAACAGUUUUCAACAUGUGAUCAGAUAACUAAAGUCAGGAGAGGCAGCCAGCUUUGCUGUGCCAUGUAUUUAAGUCUGUUAAAUAGUCAAAGUUUAGACAAAGUCAUAACCAGACCAAGUAAAACACAGUGUUUAUUUAACUGGAUAUUCAGAGUUUUGCUGAAUUCUAUGCAUGACAAUAAAGUAUUAGAAGAUCA